AUGGCAGACGAUGAUCAAUUCAAUCUAGAUACAGAUAGUGAAGAUAUGAAUGAGGAUGAAGAUGAUGAUGAAGAAGAAGAAGAAGAAUCCGAUGAUGAUACAGGAUUUUUUCCAAUCGAUGAACCUAUUGUACAGUCUUCACAAUCAAAUCAUGUAACAACAACAACACGUACUUCAUCUGAACAGUCAACAAAUAAAUAUUCUACUGGUCAUAGUGCAUCAAAUAAUUAUCCACAAGAUAAUAAUUUUGAAUAUGUUGUAUUAUCACAAGAAGAAAUAGUCAAAUAUAUGGGUGAUUGUAUAAAAGAAGUGAAUGAAGUUAUAAAAUUACCAUUUACAACAGUACGUUUAUUACUUCAUCAUUUUCGUUGGGAUAAAGAAAAAUUAAUGGAACGUUUCUAUGAUCCCAAUCAUCAAGAUGAAUUAUUUCGUCAAGCACAUAUUGUUAAUCCUUUUAAAAAAUCUCUUCCAUUACAAACUCAAUUAUCAAAUUCUUCACAUCGUCCAACAACAAACACAACCACAACCACAACACGUCGUCAAACAUCAAUAACAAUACCAACAUCUUCAUUUAAUUUAUCAACAACAACAAUAGUAAAUCCAUUAAAAUCGCCAUCACAAGAACAAACAUGUAUUAUAUGUUGUUCAACAAAACCAUCAGAUCAAAUGACUGGUCUUGAAUGUGGACAUAUAUUUUGUAUUAUUUGUUGGCAAUAUUAUUUAACAACAAAAAUUCGUGAUGAAGGUAUUGGACAAACAAUACCAUGUCCAUCAAAAUGUGAUAUCCUAGUCGAUGAUAAAACUGUUUUACAAUUAAUUCAUGCACCUGAAGUUCGACGAAAAUAUCAACAUUUAAUAACAAAUUCAUUUGUUGAAUGUAAUAGAAAUAUGCGUUGGUGUCCAGGAACAAAUUGUACAAAUGCUAUUAAAGCAUCUUAUUGUGAUGUAGCAAUGGUUGUAUGUACAGGAUGUAAUACAUCAUUUUGUUUUCAAUGUGGUCAAUCAUGGCAUGAACCAAUAAAAUGUAAAUGGUUAAAAAAAUGGCAAAAAAAAUGUCAUGAUGAUAGUGAAACAAGUAAUUGGAUUGCUGCAAAUACAAAAGAAUGUCCUAAAUGUCAUGCAACUAUUGAAAAAAAUGGUGGUUGUAAUCAUUUAAUAUGUAAAAAUCAAGCGUGCAAAUAUGAAUUCUGUUGGGUAUGUUUGGGUGCAUGGGAACCACAUGGUUCAUCAUGGUAUAAUUGUAAUCGUUUUAAUGAAGAUGAUGCAAAAAAAGCUCGUGAUGAUCAAGAACGUUCUCGUGCGGCAUUACAACGUUACUUACAUUAUUAUAAACGUUAUCAUAAUCAUCAUGAAUCAUUAAGAUUAGAAAAUAAAUUAUUAGCUGAAGUACAAAAACGGAUGGAAUCUAUGCAACAACAAAUGAGUUGGAUUGAAGUACAAUUUCUUCAAAUAGCAUAUGAUGUACUUCGACAAUGUCGUCAAACAUUAAUGUAUACAUAUCCAUUUGCAUUUUAUCUUAAACGAAAUAAUCAUUCAAUUAUAUUUGAACAAAAUCAAGCUGAUUUAGAACAUGCUACUGAAGAAUUAUCAGGUUAUUUAGAAAGAGAUUCACAAACAACAACAAAUUUAACUGAAAUGAAACAAAAAGUACAAGAUAAAUAUCGUUAUUGUAGUACACGUCGAAAAGUAUUAUUAGAUCAUGUUACUGAAGGUUAUGAAUGUGAUUAUUGGGAAUAUAACGAGGAUGGAUAA